AUGCAGUAUACACCAUUUGCCUCGGAUAUAGAGCUCCCAUUUUACACCGCAUUAGCAUCCUUGAAAAUUAACCAUGACAAGCUUGAUGACUCCGCCCGCAAAAUAAUGGGCCUCUAUGAGAUUCGUUCAACAGACCCUCCUAGCAGCUCAUGUCGGAUGCAAAUACAUGGAAAUGCACUAACCAGUGACGAAGUACCUGCAGGUUUCUACAGAGCCGAAGGAUUAAUUAAAAAUGUCAAUACUAUCGAGGAAUAUCGAAAUGCAGAUAAAACACUUUUACUCUGCUCAUCUGGCAGAAUGGUCAGUUUAACCACGCAUGGUAUUUUGCAGGGAAAUAAUGACACUAUAUGGGACGCGAUAAAAGAUGGCACCAUAUACUCGUGUCCAUCACUGUUGUCAUCCUUUGCCGUUCUUUCUUAUGCAGACCUAAAGAGGUACAAGUUUCAUUAUUGGUUCGCAUUCCCUGCAAUCCAUUCGGAUCCUCCCUGGGCCCCACUAGGGGCAACUGGUGAUACCUCCCACUCCAAGUCCUCUGAAAGGGAAUAUGUGCCUUUUGUAUACUUAUCAAGUGCUGAAAGUUCAACACUUGUGGAGGCAGUACACACCUGGGGCUACGGCACCGACGCACGCCAGCGAGGUUUUUUCUUAGCUCGAAGGAUCUUAGCCACUAGCGGCAAAGCCUAUAAGGACCCGACUAAACAUACAGGUUCCAAACCAGGAAAGGACAAAGCGGCAGAUGCGGAGGGUGCCUGUUGGCGGAUUGCUGCCCUUUCCGAUUAUGAAAAUGGCUUUUUUGACGGUGCCAACUUUGAAGACUGCUAUGUCUGCUUCGUUGAUCCUUCUAAUUACGAAAACGCGCCUGGCUGGAUGCUGAGGAAUCUGUUGGUGCUUGUAAAACAUCGGUGGGGAUUGAGUAAAAUCCAAGUUUUGAGAUACCGCGAUGUGCAUUCGAAGCGUGACCAAGGCCGCAGCAUCGUUGUAACAUUAGCGGAGAAGAAUCAACCAACGUUAGACCUGAAGGCGCCAGACCAUAUUAUGCCCAAAGUGACCGGUUGGGAGCGCAAUCCAACAGGGAAAUUGACAGGGAGAUUGGUUGACCUAACAGAAUAUCUGGAUCCCCAGAGGUUAGCAGAUCAGUCUGUAGACCUCAACCUCAAACUCAUGAAAUGGCGGAUUAGUCCCAACCUAGACCUCGAAAAGAUCAAGCAUACAAAAUGCCUCCUACUUGGUGCAGGCACUCUUGGAAGCUAUGUUGCCCGGAAUCUGAUGGGCUGGGGCGUUACCAAGAUAACAUUUGUCGACAACGGGUCGGUAUCGUUCUCUAAUCCAGUGAGGCAGCCGCUAUUUAACUUUAAAGAUUGUUUGGAAGGCGGAGCUAAAAAAGCGCACCGGGCAUCUCAAGCUUUGUCGGAUAUAUACCCCGGGGUCGAAUCUACCGGAUAUGCUCUAUCAGUGCCGAUGGCUGGCCACCCCGUAUUAGAUGCUGAAAAAACCCGACGGGAGUUUGAACAACUUGAGAGACUGAUAUGUGAGCAUGAUGUCAUCUUUCUUCUGAUGGAUACACGGGAAUCCCGUUGGUUACCAACAGUCAUGGGAAAGGCAGCGGGAAAAAUUGUGAUGAAUGCUGCGUUGGGGUUUGACUCCUUCGUUGUCAUGCGUCAUGGUGUGAAGGUUGCAGAAAACCCAGCAGCAGAGCUCGGUUGCUACUUUUGCAAUGAUAUUGUUGCGCCAGUGAAUUCCAUAAAAGACCAGACGCUGGACCAACAGUGCACUGUGACUAGGCCUGGUGUGGCCGCGAUAGCUUCCGCCUUAUUGGUUGAGCUGCUAAUUUCUAUACUUCAACAUCCUCUGGGUGCUGCAGCCCCAGCUCCGGCCUCAAGGAAUGAUGAUCGAGGUAGUCAUCCCCUAGGACUCGUGCCCCAUCAGAUCAGAGGUUUCCUUUCAACAUUUGAGAAUUUAUGCGUAGUGGGCAGGAGCUACAAAUGCUGUAGCGCUUGCUCAGAGACUAUUGUUGACACGUACAAGGAGAAAGGCUGGGAUUUUGUGCAAAAGGCUUUGAAUGAGACUGGAUACGUGGAAAACCUGAGCGGUCUUAAGGAGGUUGGUACUCCUGUUCUCGUUUCUUACUUGCUUUCUUGUUCCCUUUGUCUUCUACCUUGA